UAAAUUAAAUGCAAAUCAAAAGAGAGCAAAUGGAAUAAUAAGAGAAGAAUAUCAAAAUAAUAUAUAACGAAAAUAAAAUGAUAUAUAUAACUACAACUGCCAUGUAAAUCCGCAUCAACAAAUAAAGAACAACAAUAAGAGAGUUACAAUUCAUAAAAAAGAAAGCCUGAGGAUAUUAUGAUUUUGUUGACCAAGUGAAUCGAAACCGCGACCUCUUUAAGGACACUGAUCAAGGAGUUGUAGAAAAACAAUCGACAAAAGAAAAUAGAGAUCUUCCCAUUUCAUUGACAUAACUUCAAGCACAACCAGACACCCCAAUGCCGAUGUCUUUCAAUUUAUAAAACGACAUUAUCACGCUUUACCUGUGGCGGUUCAAUAUCGUCAUCACGAUUUUUAAACACCUUAAAAUACAAUUUUACACCUUUAGCUGCCAAAGCUAUCGUAAUGCCCAUUUAUCACAAGGCCCCACCCACAGUUUCGGGCAGCCAUGCAACCUCGGAAAUCGAUAAUCACACCUCGGAGGCAGCCAAAGUUAAGAGGACCCGUGAGCAGGCCUAUUUCAAUUCAUAUGACUUCGAUGCAAUUGAGGUGCUGCCCUAUGACGAUGAGGAUGAAGAGGAUGGGGAGGGUAGGCAUAAGGGGAACAGGGAUGGAAGGGGUCACAACAAGUCAGCAAUAACAACAACAAAUAGUCAACAGCAUCUAAAGUCUAAGCAGCAACAAAAACCACAACAGCAAUUACAUUCAAGUCAAACCAGACAGCAUUUACCACCGUCAUCCGCAGCACAGGCCAGCUUUGGUUAUUCCAGCUCAAAACAGCCACAUCCCCAACAGCAUCCUCCUGCAGCUGUUCGGGGCAAAAUCUCCUCCACUAGUGAUAAUUUCAUAGUCGAUAAGCAUCCUCCUCAUCUGAGCAGCCAUGGCCAGGCCAAAAUGCCCGGCAACAAACACACCAGCUCAUAUCUGCAACGUUUCGGGGUGGCCCUUUUCGGGGGCAUAAAUGUCAAUCCCACCACCAACAACAACAAUGCGAGUGGCCACAAAGGAGGCAGUAACCACAACUCUGCCUCUUCGUCACUGUCCACAACAUCGACCUCUUCAUCGUUUGCCGAUGACGAUGAGGAUGACAUUAAACACUUGAAAGUGUCAUCAUCGGGCAUAUCCUCAUCGACAUCGUCAGCAUCAUCAAAAUCCAGGACCAAGGCUUCGUGUUGCUCCUCCUCCUCUGCUACGUCAUCAUCGGCAGCGGCCGCCGCAGAAACAUCAAUGGCUGUGGAUAGCCUCGAUCAAAAUAUUGCCAAUGAUACAACGGCAACAGCUGUUGACAUCAACGCCAAGGAGGCUGCUGCUGCUGCCACACCUACAGCUGCCAGUUCGUCUGAUGGAAAUUUCCUAUUGCCUCGUGUAAUGCUUAAAUAUCAAAGCACUUUGAAUGCAGGUGGUGGCAGCAGCAACAACAAUUCAAAGUCAAUGUCAACACCGGCGACAACAACAACAAAUUCCCCUGCAUCGGUGAUGCCAUCGAAUUCCGGAUCAGUCACAAAUAAUUUAGCCAUGGCCCAGACUUUGGCAACAGGAUCCGGAGGUGGUGGAGGCAAUGCUGGACGCAUGAAAAAACACUCAACCACCUCCUCCAGCCUCAGCUCCUUGGGUUCCGAGGAAAUUGUGGAAAUUCAUCGAGAAGAUGAGGAUGAUUCCUCCAAGGUGGCCAAAGAAUUCAAGGUAAUGCCAAAACUGGCAAAAACUCCCGGCCGGGCAGCCUCCCAUCAGUCCCAUUAUUCCACCGAUAAAAGUGCCUCCUCGGGUUAUUACAGUUCCAAUGUGUGUUCCACCUAUUCGCUGGAGGAACACAUCUACAGUGAGCCAACCAUUGAGUUGAAAGAAAUGGCAAUUGGCCAUAAGGCAAACCUGAUUGCCGGCCACCCGUCUGAGAGUGGAAAGGGGAAAAUGGUGAAUGAAAAGCCAUUGGCUGGGAAUGGUGAAACUUUGUGUGGCCAGGAUGAUGAUGAUGAGGCUAGUGUUAUGCGUACUCUCGACUAUAAUAGACGCUUUCGGUACGCGGAUCAUCAAAAGCCAGGCAAUGAGGCGAAUGCUGCGCAACAACAAUCUUUGUGUCGCUUCAAUGGCCCCCAAACCUCCUCCAAUUCUUCCUCAUCGAAGGAGUUCAAGGAGAAUUUACGUAUCCUGGAGAGUAGUAUUGAGAACUUGGAUCGCCAUUUGAAAUCAUUUCCCCGUGGCAUGAUCAUGGGAUCGUCCGCGGCAGCAGCAACAGCAGGGGGAGUGGGAGGAGGAGUCACAGAUGCCAUAACCCAUCACCGGGGAGAAGAGAAAAUUCGAGCCUCCUAUUCCCAUUUACCCACCAUCAGAGAAGGCUAUGAUGCCACUGCCAUUGGCACCCUGAAAAGGGGUUGGUCCGAAGAUCCCGUGACCGAUGAUUCCCUCAUCGACAUUGACUUGGAUUCAUUUCUCCUGGAUGAGGCUGGAAAAAAGGACAAGAAACAAAACCCGAAACACCAACAACUUCUACCUCCAGCUAAGACCAAAGCCUUGGGAAUCGACAACCCCACUUUUCUGUCCGAGGAACAAGAAGAGAACCACUACAAAUGUGCCAAAUACAUCAAUUCCUGUCCCGAGGAUGCCUAUCGUGUGGAAAGCGACAUCAUAGCCCCCGCCCGCAGCUCCAUAUCCGAACAGUCGGUGGCGGUCUCGGUCAGUGAUUUGUAUCCCAAACGCUAUGAGGAUCAGCUGCAUUUUCAAAAUACCCGCGAACUACUUGAGGAUGUGCGUGACAAGAUUCGUCUGCUCAAUUUGACGCAAGAGCCUCCCAGUGGCGCCCAAUCAAGGCGCCAAAUUCAAGCACCAACGGGAAAUCAUUUGACUCUGGACGAAUAUAUCCCCAAGGAGCUGCACACCAUGAUCGGAACGCUGAAACGGGAACUCGAACUCUAUUUGCAGCGCAUGAAUCAGCACAGCGAGCUGGAGAUACGGCAACUCUGCACGGGUCUGGUGAAAAAUCAGAAUAUAGUCAAAAUGAAAAAUGCCUUUGAAAGGCGGCGUUCGCUCAGCGAUAUGAGUGAUCAUCUAUCCACGUAUGAGACAUCGGGUCUGCCACCCAUUAGCAUACGCCAGGAGGUGACCACCAUCAAGUGUGCCAGUGACCCGAACUUCAAAAUGAAACGGAAAUCCCUGACCGAAGUCUUUCCCAUUAGCGAGUGUUAUGUGGAAACCCUGCGCACCUUCGGCAACGGCAUGGAGCGACAAAGUGAUCCCCUGCCUCCUCUGCCCGGUGGUGGGUCACAGCUCCAGAGAAACCUGAAUUUCCACCAGGCCAGUAUUCAACAAUUCGAAAACGACACCAACAGCAACUUUGAGAAGCUAAAUAAUCCCAGAACGACAGGUAGUGUGAGGAAACAUGAUAACUCUGCCUCUGGCUCCUGCUGUGCCUCGGCCUCAUCCUCCAACUCACCCAACGACUCCUCAGAUCCCCAGGACAAGGAUUCCAUCCUCGAAUGGCAUCGCAAAAAGCCCAGCAUCUGGGAAAUGUACUACGGCACCAAUCGCAUUCAACAAUCGCUGCUGGGCGGCAAUGGUAAAAAGAAUGGCCUGAUGGUAACCGGAAAUACAAGCUCAUCCACGCCCUCGCCCAUGUGUUAUCCCUCAUCACGACCCGAAUCAGAUUUCACAUUGGAUUUGCCGCGAGCCGAACAGUUGCGCAUUAAAAUGGAAAAAGAGAAGAAAUUCCGCCAAAGAUGCCGGGUGAUUACCACAUUUUUAAGUUUAGUCUUUUUUCUGUUGACGGUAAUGGUUGUAAGUCUGGUCUUGACCCGUGGCAAACGUAUGUUUGGCAGCAUGAUAUGAUAAAAAGGAGUCGGGGAACGAAUCAAAUAGUCCUAGUUAGAAAACGCUCAUUCAUGACCAUUAGAAAAAAAAACAGAAAUUAAAACAAUGUUGAAAAUAUUUUUUUAGAAACAUAAAUCAAUAAUUAUGCCUCGUCUUCACACAUUCGAUUAGAGAAAAUUGUUAUUUUUUAUAUAAAUAUAUCUAAAUUUAGUUAUAAGCUAAUAAAACGAAAUUUUUUAAAUAGAUUUUUUUAUUGAAUUUUAAAAGAAAUACAAAAUUUUUGUAAAUUUUUUGAA